AGCACAUACAACAAAUGAUCGGAGUUCAACCGCGAACCUUUGUGCUGUGCUUGUCGAAGUUUUCUUUGCGCUUUUUUAUGAUUUACGUCUGCGUACGCAACCUUCUUAAACUGUCGUGCCUAAAUAUAUUGUUCCGAACGCGCCCCAAAAUGUCCGCCAUUCCGCAAGCAGCCUUCAUGACGAAGAAAUGGAAUGAAAAUCAAAAAAGGAAACCCAAGGAGGAGAUUCACUUCUGGGAUGGAAAUGUGGAACCUCAACUGCUGCAUUACAACAGUAAAAUGAUGAACAGCAUCUGGGGAUUGUAUAACCGCUACUCUGUGCAUAACUUGAAGGGCAGCUGGGAUAAAGAAUUGAGCUUUGGUGCCAUUAAUCAGCAGCUCAAGUCUGUUGGUUGCGCCUCGAAUGGUACCAAUGUAGCUCUCACUCCUUGAAAUCUUCGGGGUACAAAUGAGUAUUCGUACAUUUGUGUAGUACAACUUUAGUAGUGUAGCUUAUUAUAGAGAUGAUAUUUUAUACCUAUUUAUUUUUAUACGAUGAAGAAAUAAACUGAUAUAUGUGAAAUGCAACACA